GACAAAACCUGAGCAACACCCCUCGAGCUACAAUCUCUUACAGCCCUGCCACGCCCUCGUUGCAUGCUCAUAAGCUUGGAACCGGCACUGACGAGUUCCAGCAACGUCAGUGAAGUUGACGCGUAUCGCACGAAAGGCCGUGCCCACAAGCCUCCCCUCCCAGGGACGCGGUCACAGUUCAAGUCUCUUUCUGACACGGAGGCUUUGAGUAGUGCGCACAAGUCAGGUAGCCUUAUUUGAAUGGCAAGAUGGAAUAUCAGGCUCCAUCCAGCGACAGUGACCGCAGCAUUUCCGAAAACGGCCGCAUCUUCUACAGGCCCCGCAUCACAACCAACGACCUACCUGCCGACGUUCUAGUCAUCAUCCUCGAAGAAGCCUUCUGCGCUGUGCGAGAGCUUUACACCAAGCGCGAAGCAGGUCGCCCGGACCCCAUUGAGUUGAAUUCUUGGCCUAGCUUCGAAGACUGUAUACCGGAGAAUCCUUUCGCAGAGUCUUUGGCCAGCGUCUCUUCUAUCUGGCGAGAAGUCAUGUCAAGUGUAUCGACGUUCUGGUCUCCUCUUAUCAUCUGGCUAGGCAGGGACUCUACGCCGAUCUCAAGAAUCCGUCAAUAUCUCUUCUGGUCGCGAAAGCAGCCCCUAGAGAUCUACGUCUUGCGCCGGUACGACCCCGCGAUAGCAGAUCAGACAGAGAAGGAACGAGUGGCCGCUAUCCUCGAGCUGCUCCUGCCACACGUGCAGCGGUGGAAAGUGCUAUGCUUGAAGCUCCUGUAUGCAAGCUCGCUUCCUCGUCCGCGUUUCGAACUUCUGGGAUGUGCCGAUCAUUUGGUACGGCUGAACCUUGACUUCAUCAUCGACGACACUGUCGGGAGUACUAUGACAACCGCGCCCGUGCCUGGCGUAUUCAAGACACCGAUGGUCCACGAACUCUCGAUGCACGGCCGCCACUUCUUGGAGUCCUACAUGGGGCCAUAUCCCAGCUAUGUUGUACCUCCUAAGCUUGCCCGCCUUGCCUUGACCAACUAUGCACGAGCUCCCCGGAACAACUCCCGGACUGUCGAAUUCUUCUCCCUGCUUAGCCUCGUUGAAAGCCUCGUGGCUCGCCCAGAUCUCCGCUUGCUUCACCUCGAGAACCUCGAACUCGAUUGCGUGUGUUACGUCUGGCCCGGCCGGCUCACGCCCACCCAGCAUCGCUGGGACGUCAAUGUCAAUUUUGUGGACAUGUGCGGCGACGUCAUCGCAGACUUCUCCGGGACAGCUACGUGGACCAUACUGCAUACACGCGCUGCACGCUCCCUAACCGAUUAUACCCCGCGCGCACCCAUCCCGUCGGCGAGUCGUUCAACACCCGCAUCGCCGGAAUAGCAUGCCCGCUGACGCUGAUGCACUACCUCGCCAACGUCGAGGGGGUUCCCGGAGGAGUUCGACGCAGGGCAUGUGGUGUCGUCGGUGUGGCAGCUCCGCGUGCGCGAUUGCUGCGAGCUCGCGGCGGGGGACAACGUUCGUUGGGACUAAGUAGCAGACGGCGAGCGACGAGCGUAGACAGACGUAGACCCAGACCUGUACACACAUGUACCACUAGUACUUACAUGCACAAUAAGAAGCGCCCAGAUUCCGAUUU